AUGUCGGAGCGUCCAUCGUGGGAAAGCAUGAGCCACGAAGAAGAAGCGGAAGUGGGUGCACAGGAGGAUGCGUUGCCCGAAUCAGAAUUCCCUCCAGAGUGGCAUGAGGAUGAACAAGGCGAACUCCAAGAUGCCGCACUUGGAGCGCCCCAGGGGCCUCUGACUACCCAUCAUUCAGAGCGAGAACUAGGCGACCUGUCGCUCCUCCAGCUUGUGGCUGACCAAGACACUGCAGUAGACAUAGACAUGUCGCAGCUCUCUCAAGUGGCGCCUAGCCAAGAUGCCGCAGUUGGACCAGCUGAAUGCGAUGAGCGCUUGGGUUUCCAGUACCGGCCCACCUCUCAUAUGAUGAGUCGCAUCCCAGAUCCGCUGUUGCAGCUGCUGCCGCGCUUGGAAGCCUGUGGUUCCGAACCUGAACUUGGAGAGCUGCUAGAGCCAAAGCUGUUCAUACAUUGUGAGAAUGGAGAGAAGCUGUAUAGCUCAACCUUUGUCGUCUUGGAGAAUGCCGUAGCCGCACAGAAGGACGUCUUGGACGUUGGAGAUGAUCCCACCUUUGACAUCGGCCUCUUAGCCCCGACGCCAAUCAUCGUAGCCUUGCAGACCAUCUGUGGAGCUCAAGGGUGGUGUCUGGAAGCAACUCUACAAGGUCUUUUUUGUGUCACGGGCUGGCUUGAGCACGUGGACACCCGCUUGAAAGUCAGCCAUGACGAGGAGCACAUGCGGACUCCAACUUUGGCAGCUUUCCACGGCUCCCGGGCAAGCAACCGCAAGAGUUCCAUGCAGGCAUGGCUUCUACAGGAGCUAUUGGCAGACGGAAAUCUUCCUGAUGGAGUCAGGCAAUCCGGCUGCAUUUGCACAGAUGGCACAGUCAGAGGCAUUCCCCAAUCGAAGCUGGCCAGCAAGAGCUUGGUGAACAAGUUUGUGCACAGCGAAAGGGAUGCUUCCAUUUCAGGGGCCAUGAGAGAUGAGAGCACUCGCUACUUGUUCUUUCACUGGGUCAUUGGACAUACAGCUCCAACAUGCGAAGUACUCUCCAUCCGGAAAGGUGCCGAGAUGGGAUUCCCCAAGCGCUUUCAUUGCGUCUUCAGAGGGUCCAAGCCAGCCUGGCCGAACAUGCCAACAAGGGAGAUGUUGAAGGCGGUGGCGUUGUCGUGA